CGGGGAGUGCGGAGAGGCGGAGGAGGGAGGAGGGCGGCUGGGUGGCCGGGCAGCCAGCCUCGCCGUCAGUUUCGCGCCGCCGGCCCACGCCGCAGUGUGUUUUGUGGACGGCACCUUCCCAGACAGCCCAGUAGAGCCCAGCUCGGCGCCCGGCAGCCUUCGACGCGAUGUUCCGCCGGAGCUUUAAUCGUUUUUGUGCUGGAGAAGAGAAACGAGUUGGUACACGCACAGUAUUCGUUGGCCAUCGUCCAUUUCCAGAAACAGAAGCUUACAUUCCACAAAAAUUUUGUGAUAAUAGAAUAGUCUCAUCUAAGUAUACACUUUGGAAUUUCCUCCCAAAGAAUCUAUUUGAACAGUUUAGAAGAAUUGCAAAUUUUUAUUUUCUCAUCAUUUUCCUUGUACAGGUCACAGUAGACACACCAACUAGCCCAGUUACCAGUGGACUUCCACUUUUCUUUGUUAUAACUGUUACAGCCAUCAAACAGGGUUAUGAGGACUGGCUGAGACACAGAGCUGACAAUGAAGUCAACAAGAGCACUGUUUACAUUAUUGAAAAUGCAAAACGAGUGAGAAAAGAGAGUGAAAAAAUCAAGGUCGGGGAUGUAGUAGAAGUACAGGCAGAUGAAACCUUCCCCUGUGAUCUUAUUCUUCUAUCAUCCUGCACAAUUGAUGGAACCUGUUAUGUUACUACAGCCAGUCUUGAUGGGGAAUCCAAUUGCAAGACACAUUAUGCGGUACGUGACACCAUUGAACUGUGUACAGCCGAAUCCAUUGAUACCCUCAGAGCAGCAAUUGAAUGUGAACAGCCUCAGCCUGACCUCUACAAGUUUGCUGGCCGAAUCAAUAUCCGUAAUAAUAGUCUUGAGGCCGUUGCAAGGUCUUUGGGACCUGAAAAUCUCUUGUUGAAAGGAGCUACACUAAAAAAUACCAAGAAGAUAUAUGGAGUUGCUGUUUACACUGGAAUGGAAACCAAAAUGGCAUUGAAUUACCAAGGGAAAUCUCAGAAACGUUCUGCUGUUGAAAAAUCUAUUAAUGCCUUCUUGAUUGUUUAUUUAUUUAUCUUACUGACCAAAGCUGCAGUAUGCACUACUCUAAAGUAUGUUUGGCAAAGUACCCCAUAUAACGAUGAACCUUGGUAUAACCAAAAGACCCAGAAAGAGCGGGAGAGUUUGAAGGUUUUGAAAAUGUUCACCGACUUCCUGUCAUUUAUGGUUCUCUUCAACUUCAUCAUUCCUGUCUCCAUGUAUGUCACAGUGGAAAUGCAGAAAUUCUUGGGUUCCUUCUUCAUUUCAUGGGAUAAGGACUUUUAUGAUGAAGAAAUUAAUGAAGGAGCCCUGGUUAACACAUCGGACCUUAAUGAAGAACUUGGUCAGGUAGAUUAUGUAUUUACUGAUAAGACUGGAACACUCACAGAAAACAGCAUGGAAUUCAUUGAAUGCUGCAUAGAUGGGCAUAAAUAUAAAGGUGUAACUCAGGAGACUGAUGGACUCUCUCAAACUGAUGGACCCUUACCAUAUUUUGACAAAGCAGAUAAGAAUCGAGAAGAGCUCUUUCUGCGUGCCUUGUGUUUAUGCCAUACUGUAGAAAUUAAAACAAAUGAUGCUGUUGAUGGAGCUCCAGAAUCAGCUGAAUUAACCUACAUGUCUUCUUCACCAGAUGAAAUAGCUUUGGUCAAAGGAGCUAAAAAGUAUGGGUUCACAUUUGUAGGAAUUCGGAAUGGCUGUAUGAGAGUAGAGAACCAAAGAAAAGAAAUAGAAGAAUACGAACUUCUUCACACCUUAAACUUUGAUUCUGUGCGCCGUCGUAUGAGUGUAAUUGUGAAGACACAAUCAGGUAUGCAUUUUAAAAACUUGACUUUUUUUCCGUUUGUAGAUUUGUAUGUUGAUCAACUAUUUCAAGAAAGGGAAACGUUUCAUGUAGUAGAUGGGUAUCGGACACUUUGUGUAGCCUUCAAAGAAAUUGCACCAGAUGAUUAUGAAAGAAUUAACAGACAGCUCAUAGAGGCAAAAUUGGCCUUACAAGACAGAGAAGAAAAACUGGAAAAGGUUUUUGAUGAUGUUGAGACAAACAUGAAUUUAAUUGGAGCCACUGCAGUGGAAGACAAGCUACAGGAUCAGGCCGCUGAGACCAUUGAAGCUCUGCACGCAGCAGGCCUGAAAGUCUGGGUGCUUACUGGGGACAAGAUGGAGACGGCCAAGUCCACCUGCUAUGCCUGCCGCCUUUUCCAGACCAGCACCGAGCUCUUGGAACUGACCACCAAAACUAUCGAAGAAAGUGAAAGGAAAGAGGAUCGAUUACAUGAAUUAUUGACUGAAUAUCGUAAGAAGUUGCUGCGUGAAUUUCCAAAAAGUACUAGAAGCCUUAAAAAAGCAUGGACAGAACAUCAGGAAUAUGGAUUAAUCAUUGAUGGCUCCACAUUGUCACUCAUAUUAAAUUCUAGUCAAGACUCUAGUUCUAACAAUUACAAAAGCAUUUUCGUACAGAUUUGUAUGAAGUGCACUGCAGUGCUCUGCUGUCGGAUGGCACCGUUACAGAAAGCCCAGAUUGUGAGAAUGGUGAAGAAUUUAAAAGGCAGCCCAAUAACACUGUCGAUAGGUGAUGGUGCCAAUGAUGUUAGUAUGAUCUUGGAAUCCCAUGUGGGAAUAGGUAUUAAAGGCAAAGAAGGCCGCCAAGCAGCCAGGAAUAGCGAUUAUUCUGUUCCAAAGUUUAAACAUUUAAAGAAACUGCUGUUGGCUCACGGACAUCUAUAUUAUGUGAGAAUAGCACACCUUGUACAGUAUUUCUUCUAUAAGAACCUUUGUUUCAUUUUGCCACAGUUUCUGUACCAGUUCUUCUGUGGAUUCUCACAACAGCCACUGUAUGAUGCCGCUUACCUUACAAUGUACAAUAUCUGCUUCACAUCCUUGCCCAUCCUGGCCUACAGUCUACUGGAACAGCACAUCAACAUUGACACGCUGACCACAGAUCCCCGACUAUAUAUGAAGAUUUCUGGCAAUGCCAUGCUGCAGUUGGGCCCCUUCUUAUAUUGGACAUUUCUGGCUGCGUUUGAAGGAACAGUAUUCUUCUUUGGGACUUACUUUCUUUUUCAGACUUCAUCCCUGGAAGAAAAUGCAAAGGUAUAUGGAAACUGGACUUUUGGAACCAUUGUUUUUACAGUCUUAGUAUUCACUGUAACUCUGAAGCUCGCCUUGGAUACUCGGUUCUGGACGUGGAUAAACCACUUUGUGAUCUGGGGUUCUUUAGCCUUUUAUGUAUUUUUCUCAUUCUUCUGGGGAGGAAUUAUAUGGCCUUUUCUCAAACAACAGAGAAUGUAUUUCGUAUUUGCUCAAAUGCUGUCUUCUGUAUCCACCUGGUUGGCCAUCUUUCUUCUAAUAUUUAUCAGCCUUUUCCCUGAGAUUCUCCUGAUAGUAUUAAAGAAUGUAAGAAGAAGAAGUGCCAGGAAUCCGAAUCUUGAACUGCCUAUGUUAUUGUCCUACAAGCAUAUUGACAGUGGUUACAGCUAAAAAAAGAAAGCAUGAAGAAGCAACUACAAAAAGUUAUCAUCUCAGGAUACUCGAUAUGCAACAAACUAAACCACUAUCUUAUGUCUAAGGUUCAGAAUAAAUGUCCAUUAAAAUACCAAAUGACUCUCUUAAGCAUUUACAGUUAUUGUAAGUAGCUGUUAAUGGCCAAAGCUCUAAGUUAUGAAUUAUAUGAAAGUUUGAAGCAAGAAUAUUUAGAAUUUCUGGCUUUAGAUAGAAUAAAAACUACCAAAUGGGUGCUCUUUUAACCCAUGAAUUCUGUGAAUGGAUUUAAAUAUAAUAGUAUAAAGUAGAAGCCAUGCAAUGGGAAUGAAUAGAUUUUGCUAAUAUUACCUUGUUUUGCCUGGCAGAAGAAAUAGGCUGUUUGGAUCACAUUUCUUGUUCCUGCUGAAUGAUAAUCUUAAAUUAUUUUUUUUCUAAACAUAUGAAAGGAAUACUUGAAAAUGUAAGGGGACUAAAUCAAUAUAUCAGAUAAAAGAAUUAAUCCUUUCUGUUCACCCACGUGCUAAUUUUGUCUUGGUAGAAUAUCCCUGCCAAAAAAUACCUUGAACACUUAGGUGGAAAGAAUGUUAACCUUGGGUAUUUUUGUAAAAAUCAAAGGAAGUUAUUUAUUUUAUUUCUGUUCUUCUCAGCUACACUUAAUGGGUAUAAAGGUACUAGAUAUGAAAAUAAAGCAUUUACAUUCCCUUAGUAGCCCCUCAAAAUAGUUAAGAUAGAACAGAUUUUUCCAGUAUUAGUUUUACUGGAAUCUGAGGCAAGGUGGGGAAAACCAUAGUUACCCAAAAAUAAAGGUCAUUGUGGACAUCAGUUUUAAAUUUUUUUGUGGAGAAAAAGGAAGAAUAGCUUAUUUCAAACUGUUAAUGGUUUUUAUUUGAAGGAGGUUGUAUCUGUGCAGAUAUGCAGCACUUUUUUUUUUUUUUUUAACUGGCCGGUUUGGGAAGGAGGAGGGGUUCAGCCUGCAGAGUGCGACUCUGAACAUGAAUGUCUCUCUUAGCCAACUUGGCUAGGGAUGUGGUCCAACUCUUAAACCAUGAGAUUCACCUCAGUAAAGCCCUCGACUUACCGGACUAGAGAGAGGUUUUAGCCUCCUAAGGCAUUCACUUUAAACAUAAAAAUAAAUGUGACAUGUCUUUAUUAAAUGUUAAAAUGAACACACUUUUUUUUAUAUAUAUAAAUGACUACAUUUGACUACUAGAUCAAAAUGGUCUUGUAAAAGGUGUUUUCAUACCACUUUCCAUCUUUGGUUGUCUUUCUGGCAUGCCUGUACGAUUAUUAGCGUUUAUAUUAUACCUUGAUUUGGGAAAGUAUUAGAUUCAAUUAAUUACCAAUGUAUUUAUAGAGUCCAUAUGGCACAUUUGAUUCCUCCAUCCAUCUUUUGUGUUAGUGUUUAGGUGUAAUUUUUCUUAAAUUCUAGAAAGGACAUAAUUUCAGUUAUCAGAAACCAUUCCAUCAUUACUGACGCUUUUUCAUUAUUUCAUUUGUUCUCAUCUAUCAGUAUUAUUUUUGAGUAUUUUGUUAGGUGUCACCACACCUUCCUAAGUGUGCUGUGUUCUAGUCGCCCGUAUUUGAGGUAGUCUGCUGAAAACCAAGUCGAUGUAUUCUUUACCUAUUCCAAAGAGCUAAAAAACCAGACCCCAGGAAAGCUUUUGAUGUUUUGUUGUUGUUGUUCUUGUUUUUGUGGUUGUUGCCAUAUUGUUAUUGUUGUUUUAUGUAAGAAUUAUAGGGACUGUGAAUACAAAUGAGAGCCCACUGUUAACUCAAAAGGCGUGUUUCAUGCAGACCAUUGGAAAUUUGACAUAAUCAGAAUACCCAGGGCAGCGCAAGUAUGACUGGUGGCGUGUAAAAUUCCUUGCAGCCUGGAAGAAAGAGUAGGAGGAUUUAGAGUCGUAUCUUAGCUACACAUGGUACUGCAGCUCAAAUUCACAAUGGCAAUGAUGUGUAAUAUCAUGGCCCAGAUCCUUGAGGGGGACUUGACAACUUUUUGAAAGAUAUUAAUUAAUGAGCUGAAAAAAAUGGUUAGCAUGGGGUUAGCAGAUCGAAUAACUUGAAGUAAGCCAUCCAGUAUUCCUAGCACUACAAUCUAACCACCUUAUUUUGUGAUAGAAAAAGGGGGGAAAUGUAAUAAUAGGAUUAUAUAUCCAUCAUCUGAAUAAUUUUGAACGACAGAAUGUUCUUGUAAUUUUCAUAACUGUUGUCCAUUGUUUGAGGAUGUUACCUACUAAACUGAAAACAUAAAUUCCAUAUCUACCACAUUUACACCAGCAACAGUAUAAAAUGUAAGCCUAAAUUUGCAAAAUUCAUAAUAAUUUAGUGAUGGAAUUUUUUAAUAACAUGCAGUAUAUAAAUGCAGGUUUUAUGCAAGUGUUGACAAAAUCAUUUUCAGCUUGCAAAACGGGACUGCAAAUGACAUUUUUCACUUCAGCAAUUUUUUACAUCUACGUUGUUGCUUUCUAUAAUGAAUGUGAAUGCCAUCUUUUAUGAAUGCAACUUGCCUUUUUCAUUACAGAGAUUUUUGUUUGAUGUAAUCAAUAAACUUUGGUAUGAUAUGAUUG